AUGUUUGCACGCGGCCCAAACGUUGGCCCAGAGGUCAUUACAAAGUUUGGCUUUGUCCUGUCUAAUAAUGCAAAGGUCGAAGAACCAAUGAUCUUACUAAAUGGUUCUGCAUUCUUGUGGAGAGUACCUCAAGAAACAGAUGUAUUACCAAUGCAAAACUGGGAUCUUGACGUUUUCAAGAUCUUUGAGGUAGUUACACCUAAACCAGAAUUGAUUAUGUUUGGAACUGGCAAGCACUUUGCACCCAUGCCAGCCAAGGUUCGACAAUACUUUUAUAAGCUUGGUAUUCAGGUGGAUGUUAUGAACACAAAAAACGCUGCAGCAACAUAUAAUGUAUUAGCAGAAGAAGGAAGACGUGUGGCAGCUGCUUUGUUGCCCCUUGGCCGACGCGAUCAGAAAUGA